AUGGAGAGAGAGAACCGUGGAGUACUUCAACAAAUCUGCAUUCUGUCUCUCCUGCUUUUCUCCCUCUAUCCCAUCUACUGCCGAGCCAACUGGAUGUGGUUGGGAAUAACGUCGGCCGGGGUGCCAGAGAAGCUCGGCUGCGCCAAUCUGCCGCUAACCGGGCGGCAGAAGGAGCUGUGCAAGAAGAGGCCGUUCCUGCUGCCCAGCAUCCAGGACGGCGCGCGGCUGGGCAUCGCCGAGUGCCAAACGCAGUUCAAGCAUGAACGCUGGAACUGCUCGACCACCAAGGACACUUCUGUGUUCGGCUACGAGUUAAACAGCGGGACGAAGGAGACGGCGUUCAUCCAUGCGGUGAUGGCGGCGGGCCUGGUCCACGCCGUCACGCGCUCCUGCAGCCAGGGCAACAUGACGGAGUGCGGCUGCGACAGCAGCCUGCAGGGCGGCGGCUCCCCCGCCGAGGGCUGGCACUGGGGCGGCUGCUCCGAUCACAUCCACUACGGCACCUGGUUCAGCCGCAAGUUCAUCGACAGCGGCGUCAAGAACAUGUCGGCGGCCAAGGGCGCCUUCACCCUGCUCAGCACCACCCAGCACAACAGCGAGGCGGGCCGCCAGGCCAUCGAGAAAACCAUGUCCACCGACUGCCGCUGCCACGGCAUCUCCGGCUCCUGCGCGGUGAAGACGUGCUGGCGCACCAUGGCCUCGUUCGAGCGCGUGGGCGGCCUCCUGAAGGAGCGCUAUGAGAGCAGCGUGCUGGUUCUGGACCGGGCCAAGAGGAAGCUGAGGCGGAAGGAGAAGGAGAGGCGCCGCACGCCCAUAGCCAAGGACGAGCUCAUCUUUUACAGCAAGUCGCCCAACUACUGCCUCGAGGACAAGCGGCGGGGCGUGUCGGGCACGCGCGGGCGCCGCUGCAACCGCACCUCCCACGGGCCCGAUGGCUGCAACCUGCUGUGCUGCGGCCGCGGCUACAACACGCACGUGGUCCGGCACGUGGAGCGCUGCGAGUGCAAGUUCGUGUGGUGCUGCUACGUUCGCUGCAGGCGCUGCGAGAGCAUGAAUGACAUGCACACCUGUAAAUAA